UGCAACCACUAAAACCAAAGUCAAAGGGUUGUCGGGCCAGUUCCCCCUGACCCAGAAUGUGACGGUGACAGAGGGGGGUACGGCCAACAUGACCUGCAGAGUGGAGUACAAUGACCAGACCUCCCUCCAGUGGUCAAACCCGGCACAGCAGACACUCUUCUUCGGAGACAAGAAAGCCUUGAGGGACAACCGAAUCGAGCUGGUUCGGGCAACGUGGGCGGAGCUUACCAUCAGCAUCAGUGACAUCAGCCUAUCAGACGAGGGCCAGUACACAUGCUCCCUGUUCACCAUGCCUGUCAAGACCACCAAGGCCUUCCUCACUGUACUGGGAGUCCCAGAGCGACCAGAGAUCACAGGGUUCACUAAGCCAGCCAUGGAGGGAGAUGAGAUCACUCUGAUCUGCACCACGUCUGGCAGCAAGCCUGCGGCACACAUCCGCUGGUUCAGAAAUGACAAGGAAGUAACAGGCACUAAGGAGGUCAACGCCACAGGGAAGUCCUUCACAGUGAAGAGCACUCUGCAGCUGCAGGUGGAUCAGAGUGAUGACGGGGUGGCCUAUACCUGCAGUGUGGAGCACGUGUCUCUUUCUUCCAACCCUUACCAGGUCACGGAGGUCCUGGAGGUCCAUUACGCACCCCAUGUGGAGAUUUCCCACUCCGUGAUCAUCCCUCAGGAAGGACAGUACUUUAAACUGGAGUGUGUCUCCAAAGGGAACCCACUACCAGAGCCAGUGUUGUGGUCGAAAGAUGGAGGGGAGCUGCCUGAUAUAGAGAGGAUGAUCGUAGAGGGCAGGGAACUCACCAUCACCGCCCUCAACAAGACAGACAACGGCACGUAUCGCUGUGAGGCCAGUAACUACCUGGGGACUAGUGGAGCUGAAUAUGCCCUGUUUGUAUAUGAUCCCAAUGCACCAGGACAGCAGGACCCUGACCAUGCAUUAAUUGGAGGUGUUGUGGCUGUGGUUGUGUUCAUCACCUUGUGUUUGAUCAUAGCUCUAGGGAGGUAUCUGGCUAGGCAUAAAGGGACGUACCUAACACACGAGGCUAAAGGAUCCGAGGAUGCCCCUGACGCAGACACAGCCAUCAUCAACGCAGAGGGGAACCACGCAGCAGAGGAGAAGAAAGAGUACUUCAUUUAGAGCUGUUCUUUCCAUUUCGUUCCAUCUCUUUUCCUUUAUGUUUCCACCUCUGUUGUUUCUGUUUGAUUUGUUUCUUUCACCAGAGGCAGGGGCGGACUAGGACCAGAUAUCGGCCCGGGCAUUUCAAACACAUCAGCCCAUUUGUUUCUUUCACCAGAGGUCGGGGCGGACUAGGACCAGAUAUCGGCCCGGGCAUUUCAAACACAUCAGCCCAUUUGUUUCCUUGAGGCACCAACUGUUAAGCAAAUUAUUAUUUUUUAAUUCUGGCCCACUGGCAUUUGCCAGAAUUGCCCUCUGUCCGGUCCAUCUCUGCCAGUCGACCAACACAGUCUGCAGUUGGCUCAGUGCUGCUGAGGCAGGAACCAGUUCUUUGUCCCUAGCGCCUCUCCCAAAAGAGAAAGCUCAAGUUUGGUUUUACUGGUCGGUUUUAACAAGCAAAUCGAUAAAAAUGCUGCCUUGUUUUGUACUGCAAAUGUACUCCGCUACUUGUACCCAGUGUUUUAAAAAGAGCAGAUCCUGUUUCAUUCACGUUUUAGCAUCUUUUUCAGAAUCUUUGUUUGUUGUCAUGUUUUAUCGGACAUUUCCUAAAUAUACAGACCGUUCUCAAUCUCUUUCAACUCUUAGUUUGUUUGUUUGUUGUUGUUGUUUUUUUGGGGGGGGUGAUUUUGUGUCCCCUACUCCCCUCACCAUCCCUAUUAUAUACCUUUUGCAGAUAUUUCCAUUAGGAAGCGGAAAGAAAUGUGCUUCAUCUGAGUCCGGAAAACAUUGGCUAUGCCGAUAAUUAUGCUUUCAGAGAAGAAUAUGUGAAAUGCAUCGAUAUGAACGA